CCGGAAACGCCCUCUGUGGUCGUCCUUGUAGUUUUCCACGUCCUCUGGAUAAACUCAGGUUCAGGAGGCAGACUCGUUCUGUUCUGCCCUUCUUCCCCGGGGCUUUAGCUCGACUUCUGAGCCUGAACGGAACCAGCGGUCAGUUCGGGAGCGGCAGCAGAUCACGCCAUCUCCUCCGUGCUAAAGGAGGAGCAGCAUCAUGGCAUCUGGAAGCUCCAUGAUGAAUGGAGACCUCUCACGCUCCUCUGGUCAGUCCGGAACGCUGGAGGAAACUCUGCAGCAGAUGAACAUCCUGAUUCAGGAGAAUAGAGACCUGAAAGAAGCCCUGCGUCAGACCAACCUGACGAUGAAGGAGCGCUUUGAAGGCCUCACCGCUUGGCGGGAGAAGCAGAAGCAGGAGCGCAACUUCCUGGAGAACCAGCUGAAGGAGGCUCAGAGGAGCAUGGAGUUGCUGCUCAACCAAAACCAGGAGCUCAGCAGGACGCUAGCAGAAGCUGGGAAGGCGGGAGGAGCUCCAGGUGAAUGCCAGACUGCAGAGAUGGAGGCUCUGCGCGUGCAGGUCGCCCGCCUGCAGGCGGAGAAGAACGACCUGGUGGCUCUGAACUCGGAGCUGCAGCUGAAGGCUGAGCAGGACUCCCGAGACGAGUCCUUCAUCGAGAUCAUCAAAGUCACAGACGGAGGUGUGAACGAGGCGAGCGGCGCCGAGCACGGCAGGUGUCCGGAGCUGAGCAUGACGGCGUCCCGACUGGACAACGAGGAGGCGACUGUCAGCCAGCUGCUGCAGUCGCUGAGGGACGAGACGCAGCGCUGCGAGCGUCUGCAGGUGGAGUUGCAGGCCUCCAGUACCAGAGUCAACGAGCUGCAGGAAAGGAAGCGUGGUGUGUCGGAGUCGACACAGACCUCCCAGGCCGAGACCAAGGACGACUCCGCCAAAGAGGAGAAGGCUGCGUCAGAGGUGGAGAAUCUGAAGUCUCAGAUGAGGACGCUCUUCAAAGACCUGCAGCAAGCUCAGAGCAAGCUGGACGAUGCAGAAGGCAUGAAGAGGAACCUGCAGGACAGGUGUCGGGAGCUGGAGCAGGACACGGCCACGCUGAAGGCUCAGCUGGUGGAGAAACAGGCCGUGCAGUCAGAGAACGACCGGCUGAAGCUGCAGCUGGGCAGCAUGCAGACGCAGAACCUGGUGGAGCAGAAGAAAGCCGAGGACGAGAGAACCAACCUGGCCCAGUUGAAAGACGCUUACACCAAACUGUUUGAAGACUACAACGAGCUGAAGGAGGAGAAGAAGAAGAGAGAGUCCAGGCUGGUGGAGAAGGAGCUGCUGGAUCAACUGCAGCGCCAGCUGACCACGGCGGAGGAAGCGCUGGCUGCUAAGCAGAGCAAGAUUGACAGCAUGACCCAGGAGAUGCUGCUGAAGGAGAGGGAUCUGGAGACCAUCUCUGUCUUCCAGGCUCAGGCAGAGGUCUACUCCUCGGAUUUCUACGCCGAGCGAGCGGCUAGAGAGAAGCUCCACGAGGAGAAGGAACGGCUGGCAGCUCAGCUGGAGUACGUGAAGAAGAUGAACACGCAGCUGCAGGAGGAGGUGGACUCUCUGGGCCGGCGUUCCCUGAGUGAGCUGCAGCAAAGACACGUCAUUCCCGGAGGAAACCCUCACGGAGCCGGAGCAUCUCUAGUUGGAAGAAGUACUGAAUGGCAGCAGCAAAGGAACAUUCCUGAACACGCCUGCCCCAAGUGCAACGAGAUCCUGCCAGACCUGGACUCCCUGCAGAUCCACAUCAUGGACUGCAUCAACUAGACCUCCAAAGAUGCAGAAUUUGCACCUAAAUCCGAGUCUUCCUCUGCUGUGACACGUAUACCUGUGCUGUCUGACCCCUGAAGCCUCACUCUCAGUUCUGAUAUGUAGAUGAACCUUUUUCUCUCUUUCACACAAUCUAGUGUUAAAUGUAAUAUAUAUAUCUAAACACAAAAAUGUUGCUGUUGGGUUCAGAUUCAGGGAAAAAUAAAUAAAAAUAUGAAUAUAUGAGACAAUUAAAAUCUGUUGCAGUAUUUGUUUUCAUGAACUUAAUUUCCACGUCAUCUUCUGUGAGUACUUCUGUUAAAGUGUAAUUGUUAUAAUAAUUUACAUCAAUAAGGAAAUAACAUGUUAUGCAAUACAAAAAAAAUUCUAAUUCAAUUUCAAAAUAAAACACAAGUUUUCCCAUCUUCUUUGUUAAAUCUUUAAUCUUACCUAAUUUUUAAAAGAUUUGUAGCAGAUGUUACUGCAUUUGUUUUAGAGACUCCUGCUAUUCCAUAUUUAAACAGACCAACCUGGAGACGAGGCUUACUGGAGCGUUUGUGUUCUACAAAUCAAUGAUCAACCUCAGCUGUGCUGUUUUAUGCCGACUUUCUUCACCGUUUUUAUCUGGAAAUAGUUUUUAUGUUCCAGAUUCUUAUUAAAAUCUAUUCCAUUAUUCUACAUUUGUUAGUAUUAUAUUCAGUUGUGUUUCUGUUAAAUGAAAGAAACAAGAAUUGUAUCAUAUUAAAGAUUAUUUUACUUUCACUGUAGAAACUUUCAGGUCCUCCAAGAGGAAAAUGAAGAUGGAAAUAAAAUUGGGUAAAAUGUG